AAAUAAUUUUUUAAUGAUUCGUUCGAAUAAAAUGAAAUUUUGUUAUUAUAGAAAUAAAGAUUGUUAGAAAUUUACAUUAGCGUAUAAUCGCGCACGUGUUUCCGAGAUAGUGUACAGGUGAUGGUGGUGGUAGUGGGGGGUCGCGUGAAUGAAAAGCUCGAUCGGGAAGACGGGGAAAGAGAGAGGCCGAUAAUCGUACAGCGAGAGGUCGGCAGAUGGCGGUGCGUUCGCUCGGCGCCAGCUUGAAACACCUGACGAUCGACUUAGCAGUGCAGCAUGGACUCGGCUGGCAGGCACACACUUCUUUCAAAGAAAACAGGUGCCAACGGCGAACGUGCUGUCGAGUACCGUUGUCGGAUCGCACGCGAGUGAGAGAGAGAGAGAGAGAAAGAGAGAAAGAGAGAAAGAGAGAAAGAGAGAGAGAGAGAGAGAGAGAGAGAGAUACACGCAUAGAAACAGUCAGACAUACAUAGUGGGGUGACAAUAAAAAAAGAAAAAAAAAAAAAAGAAAAAGAAAUAGAGAAAAACAUCCAAAGAAACAUCCUCAUUCCCCAAAGUUUCAUUUGAGACGCACAUUUACGUGGAUCCGGUUCACGAUCGUUCAUUUCGGGAUACGAUGAGAAGAAACGAAAAGUACGACGAGCAGCAAGCAUUGCAAAAAUAUCGAUUAGAAAACGUUUAGAUAUUCGUAAGAGUAAUCGAGAUUCGAGUACGUAAAUCCGUUCGUAUUUCGUCGAUGGGAAGAAUCGAAGAGAAGACGGUCGCGAGUUUAAAAUUCCCGCGCGCGCAACUCCCUUCUCGCCCUUCCAUUGAGCGUACGCGUCGACGAGGUAGAACGUAAGGGCCCACGAGUAGCCGCACGCGAUACGACAAAGAUGUGACGCAAUUCGGACGUUCCUUUUACCGGCCCUUUCGGAAGUGAGCGCGGAAAGAGGAAGAGAGAUAGAGAUAGAUACGUAGAUACAUAGAUAGAUAGAUAGAUAGAUAAAGAGAGAAAGAGAUAGAAAGAGAUAGAAAGAGAGGAAAGUUACGAAGCUUUCGUUUGUCAAGAAAACUAAAUAAAAAUGAUGGCGACACGUUCAUCGACAAUGACGAUACUACUUCUUUCGACGAUCUUCAUACUCGAAUUGAUCUACGCCAAGGAUGAUGGAUCGACGUUGGAAUAUGAGGAUUUUCUUACAACCACCGAGAACUACGUUCGUCUUCGCGUCGACAGAGAUUUAUGUGCUUCGAAGAGACUCAUCAUAUGGUGAAACAACGGAGGAGGAAGAAAAAUUUCAAGGUCUAGUGUCCUCGAGCACCGAGAUACCCUCCGUCGAAGUACUCUCGUCGAAAGCUAAGAGGGAACAAGUACUGCGGAACAUUCUUGCAGCUCGAAGACGACGAAUGUCGAAGCAACGAAACGGCCGUCUCAUCGACGUCACUCCAAAGGAUCCACCAGACAUCCUGGAAGCACAGGAGACGAAGAACGAAGGAAUGUAUGCUAGGGUUUCUACGGCGAAGAACGGUACCGACGAUGCUGACAAGAAAACGUUCAAAGCAACGAUGGAAGAGAACCUAACGACAUUGAUGAGCGAACGAGAGGACAUCGAGUCCACGAUGACGAUGGCGCCGGUAACGAGCAUCCCAAAGUCCUUGGAGGCUGAUAACGUUCGUAAGAAAAACAUCGUUUCCAUGCCGGAGUCCCUUUACAAGCACUUUAGACCCGUAGAAAGUAACAUUCCGAUGGAGGACAUGUCGCAGUUCCUUUAUUUCGGUCAGAAACUACAACCGGAGCUGCAGAACGUAACGACAGUCGGUAACGAUUCGAACGAACUUGUCUCGGUUACUCCAACAACCUUGCGAAGGAGAAAUCCUAGCAAGAGAACCAGCUUGUCCCCGCUUACAACGACAACGGGAACGACAACAACAACGACAACGACGUCGACUACGACUCGAGCUGAAGAAAUCUCGAAGGAGGAGACCAACGUUGCUUUGGAAAGACGCAUGAUCGAGAAGAACAAAGUUUCUAAGACAACGAAGAACACGUUGCGAGACGUGCCGAAUUUGUAUUACAGGAAAACAAGAUUGUCCGACUCGACGAUCGCCACGAACGUGAUUCCCAGCAAGGACAUGACACAGAACGGAAAUACGACGGAGCUCGAGGAGCAAGCGGUGGAGCGGAGGGGUGAGAACGGUGUUCAGAAGACGAAAGUAUCAAGAGGUAGUUUCCGAAGGAGCAAAAAGAUGGAAGAUGUCGAAGAAAAAGUUGGAAACGAUGGUGUUUCCGAGUACCGUUCGAAGGACGAUAAGAAGUCUCGGGAGAGUAACAGCAUCGAGGAAAGUACGGUGAGUUCGACGACAUUGAGAAUCGUCGUGACGGAACCUUACAGAGAGUCGUCGGUGAAAAACUUUUCGACGACGACGCCGACGCCGACGAUGACAACGACGACGACGUCGACGUCGACGUUGAAGACCACGACGCAAGAGACUCGCCGGCAUCACCAGCAACACGUGUACGCGUAUACGAUAACCAACGUGACGAGACUGUUGCGCAACUACACCGGACCUGGGCUAAGCGGAGAGACUGGAGUAAGAGGAAGAGGAAGAGUCGACGCAGGAAGAGGAGGAGGAGGAGGAGGAGGUGGUGGAGGCUCUCGAAGGAGCAGCAGCGCUUCCAGCGAGAUAACGAACGGCAGGGUAGAGUCACCGUCGACGGAGGCUUCCGCCGGUGCUGCCGGCAUCAGCGAGGAGCCCUCGCAAUCCGCUGGACUCAGUACUGGCAGGAGCGUCGAAGCGGUUGGAAGACCGAGCACGAUCGCUACUCCCUCCUUGGUGGGGGAACGACGAAGAAAAGUCCUCGCGAGCGGUGCCCACCGAACCGGCGCUCAGUCAGCGCCGCAACGCGCACCCGUGAGAAUCACGAGCGCUCUUACUCGAAACAACAGACAACAGCAGCAUCAGCAACAGUGGUCCGACAGAGUAACCCUCGUUAUCGAAGAAAGUUCGACCGAUCCUGAUCCUCAUCAUCGUCAUUAUCAUCAUAAUAGAAGUUUUCUUCGUAAAUCGGCUAGCGCUGUCUUGCACAGCGGUGCGGUGAACCAGAAAGACGCGAGCCCGGAAGCGAUGCCUUCCACGGGCACGCAAGAUUCCGUUCUCGUUGACGCUGACAGAAGGAACUCCCUUGAUCUGGAGCGUCGAGAGGAUGAAUCUCGUAUUGAAAAUGAAGCCUCCUUGAAGGUCAAUCGUACCUUCGAGGACAAUUUUACGACGAAUGAAAGUUUGUCAGAUUUGAAAGUCCCGGAAGAGACGACGGUCGUCGAUCUUCUCUCGUCUUCUCCUUUGGUCGAUGGUCCUACCGAGGCCUCGAUCGAGACUCUGUCUAACUCGGAUAUCAAAGACGAGACUCGGAAGGAGAGCAACAACGAGCACUCCACCCUAACGACUACGACAACCACGAUGACGCCGGAAGUUACGACUAGUGCACCCGUAUUUCCGGUGACACCCAAGUUACUCGUUGAAAAGAUAUCGAACGAUAAUCGUUUGAUCGGCUCGAGUACGACGGAAUCUAUAAAUCGAUUGACUUCGAGUAGGAAACCGGAUCAAGAUAGACCGUUCGGUUUAGCGGCAGAUCUUGAUCCUUCCGAGAUUCAAAAGAUGUAUAGAUCGCAGAACACUUCGAGCACUGAGAGCAAUACUCUGCCGGAUUUGGAAACGUCCACCGUUUCGACGAAUCAAUUUCCAAAUCGGAUUGCUCAACAGCAUAUGCACGAUUUUCAUGAAAGCAGAGGACGCAGUCUCUCGGAUAAAGCAAAACAGGAAGACGAUGUACUUCCUAUAAUGCAGCUUUACAACACCUCGGACAUAUUCGAUGACAGUAGCACCCUUGGUCCUGCUACUCGUACGGUCGAAAUACCCUUAGAGGAAAGUAAUACGACUAAGGAUAAAGUGGAAUCACCUCAGGAAGCUCCUGCUUCGCGAUACACCACUCCCUCUGCUACCAACAAACCCACCGUUAAACCCAUCCCUAAAUCAACCCCCAAAUCAACCCCUAAAUCCACUAUCAGACCUACUAGUACACCUUCCAAUUUCGUUAACAGGACGAGGUACAGAUCGAUUUAUUCCAAUCGAUCUGUUGUAUCGGAUUAUGCCGGUUUAGGGUAUCAACCGAUCGAAUUCAACAGGACGUACUUUGACAGUGGUUUGAUUGCCAUUAGCCCACGGGAAUCAGUGAAUAUUAGUGAAGUGACUAAGAGACACGAUAGCGACACCAUUGCAUCACAAGAGACCGUAGCAGUAGUCAGUUAUAUUUUGGCUACGCUCGUCGUAUUUCCAAUUGCCGUUGGCGUUGGACUCAUUCUUAGAAGACUGAUCAUUAGGAAUCGUAAGGUGCUCGAAGAAUCGGACACGUCAUCCGAGAUAAGUUACAGGAAGGACGCUCUUAAUCUCGAAAAUGGGGAUUUUAAAACGUCCAUCGAAAAGGCAAUUACAAAGCUACCAAGGAUACAACAUUUGUGUCACGAAGCAGAGAAACCACCGCCACCUCCGUCGCAAGAAUCCAGAUGGGAGUUUCCUAGAGAUAAGCUUAGGUUACAGACGGUCCUCGGGCAAGGAAACUUUGGACAGGUUUGGAAAGCCGAAGCCGACGACUUGACUGGUCAUCAGGGUACAACGAGAUUGGUGGCUGUUAAAACAGUGAAAGAAGGUGCUUCGGAACGUGAAAAAGAAGAUUUAGUACGGGAAUUAGAGAUCAUGCAACAGCUUGGUAGUCAUCCGAACGUUGUAACACUUUUAGGAUGUUGCACCGAAGAGGAGCCCCAUUACCUGAUACUCGAAUACGUGAUGUACGGAAAGCUAUUGGCUUAUCUACGCGAUCACCGCACCAGGCAGGACUUUUACAAUUUCAGCGAGGACUCGGCGGCCCUGACAUCGAGAGAUCUGACGGUAUUUGGAUACUGCGUCGCUAGAGGCAUGGAAUAUCUCGCGUCAAAAAAGAUAAUUCAUCGGGAUCUCGCAGCCAGAAACGUUUUAGUUGAUCACAACAAACUCUGCAAGAUCGCAGAUUUCGGAAUGUCGAGAUUCGCGAACGAAGACGGCGAAGUGAUCGAAACGAGACACGGUAGAAACGCAUUGCCGAUAAGAUGGAUGGCACCGGAAUCGUUGAUUUAUUCUCUUUUCACUACGAAGACCGACGUUUGGAGCUUCGGCAUUUUAAUGUGGGAAAUAGUAACGCUCGGCUCAACGCCGUACCCGGAUAUGACGGCAAGAGAAGUCAUGCGGAACGUGCAAAGCGGUUAUCGCCUCGAGAGACCGUCCCACUGUCGAAGCGAGCUCUUCAGGGUGAUAUCCCGAUGCUGGCACGCUGAUCCCGACCGCAGACCAGAAUUUCAAAUUCUAAGGAGGGAUCUGGCACAACUUCUCGAGGACAAUAUGAACGGCCAUUACGUCGAUCUCGAGAGUUUUGCUUCCGAGUGCACCGACUGACGCCAUCUCGAUUAGACUACUCAUCUUAUUCUUUGCUAAUCUGAUCUUAUUCGAUAUUAUAAUCUUUAAUGUCGAACGAAAGGGAUAAGAAAUAUCGUAGAUCGAUUUAUCGAAGCAAUCGAAAGUUUAUAUUAGAAAACGAAUCAAGUUUGCCAUUUUUUACGCCGAACUUUACGAAGGUCGAGACGAACCAGAAAAGAUUCGUUAAUUUAUUAUUCUUUUUCUUUUAUAUAUAUAUCAUACGCGCGAUACAAUCAAAUCACGUUUGUACUCAGGUAAAGAUUUAAACGUGAACAAUGGGAAAUAAGGGAGAAAAUUAUCAUCAUUAUAGAUUUACGUCCAUCCGUCCAGAAUUUUUCUUUAACGAGCAUAUCGUUUCUUUGUUACUCGAUCGUAAAGCAUGUGUAUCACAGGAACCAUUAGUUAAGGUUCGAAAUGUGCUAUAAUAUUAAUUUAUUCGUUAGAAUCUAAUUAAUUAUCUUAAACAGGACAAACUCGACAAUAACACUGCAUCGUGUUUUUACAAAGAUAAUAAUAUCUUUUUCGCGAUAUCAUAAUUUUUGUUUCUUCUCCUUACUUUUAUUUCUUUGUCGCGAACUUGUAAAUAUUAUUAAAGUUACAAUCGUAUCGUUAUUACAUAAAAAAAAUAUAUGUAUUUUGUUUAACGUAUUUACCCCCAAUCAAAAAAAAAAAAAGGUACGAAUUUUUAUCUUACGUUCUCUAUCAUUCUAUAAUUAUUGUAUCAAUACUAUUUCAUCAUGGUAUCAUUAUAAUUAUUUUAGAUAUCGUCAUUAUUAUAAUAAGUAGGAAGAUAGAUUUACAUCGUUGCGGGAGUUUAUUUUUAAUCAUUCUAGUCUUUCGACGCGUUUGAGGUAUCGAUUGAUUAUCGUUGACGGAUUAUCAUUCAUUUUAUCUCAUUUAUCUUUUCCACUUUACCGACAAAAAUAUAGAAAAUUUAUUGCCGGUCUGAAAGAGAUCGACUGUUAAAAAUCGAUCGGUACCCCAGAGUUGUCAGUUGAUUAUUUUAUUAAGUUUUAAUCUUAUAAUUGCUAUUAUAGUUACUGCGAAUCUUGAUAAAACCGAGUUUCUCGAUCGUUUAACGUUCGCUUUUUACCUUGAAAGCAAAAAAAAAAAAAGAAAAAAGAAAGAAACGAGGUUGCGUCUUGAUCUUUGCGUUACGAUUUCUUUUUCCUUCCAAACAAAACGACAAAACGAUACAAAAAAAAAUAACAAAAACAAAUAAACAAAAAAGAAAGAGAUAAUACAAGAAACAAUGUAUGUAGACUCGACGAUUGUAUUAAGAAGUUUUUUUUUGUCUUUUAUCUUGUCAGUAAACGUUAUCCGAUUUUUCAACGGAGACUUUAAUCUUUUGGAUCUUUUACCUGAUCCGAGCAAAACCCAUUGAUCUUUCAAUAAUAAUUUUCUUUUUUUUUUUUUUGCACUACAUCAUGCCGAUUGAUUUAUUCCGCGUGCAAUAUAAAAGAAAAGAAAAAAAACAGAGAUAAAGAUCCUUGUAAAACGUUUUUCGAAAAAAUCGAAAGAUUUAAAACGAAGAAAUCUCAGAGAAGAGAAUGUCGAUCGAAAUCGAUUUGUACGGCGAAUAAAUACUUAUCUCUCUCUCUCUCUUUCUUUCUCUCUUGAUCGAGUUCUCUAUCCGGGGAAACGUUUUAAUUAAAUUAAUUAAAGUGGCACACAUCCGCCGCGCGUCGAUUUAAUUACGACGAAGUAACAAAUUGUAGUGGACCGCCGCGGGGUAGGGACGAGUUAGCGUGGGCGUACGUGUAUCGUAAAUCUUUCUUCACAUACACGUAAGCAUAUAUAUAUAUAUAUAUAUAUAUAUGUACAUAUAUAUAUAUAUGUAUAUGUAUAUAUAUGUAUAUACAUAUACACACACACAUAUAUAUAUAUACGCUUUCUUACUGGAGAUUGUUAUAAUUAAUUCACUCCGUGCAAGCUUUUGCGUCAAUUAACACUCAUGCUCGGCACGUUUCCAUUGCAAGAAAUAUAUGUCGAGAUUAAAAGCAUGCCCCCGUGUGAAAUGACAAAAUAAUUAAACAUUAAAUUCGUAUCUAUGUACUUCUUGUACUUCUUGUACUCUUUCGGAAUUUUAAAAGACUCGAUAUUACGCUUGA